AUGAGGCUUAUUGUUAUUAUUCAAUUGCUUUUAAGUAUUUUCCUCUCGAAAUCAACUCAUUUCUACGGUGGAACUGUAACAUGGAAACCAAUGGAUAACACAGCAACAGGUUCAACAAUUCCAAUAAUGUUUACUCAAUCGUAUCAAUUUCGUCGAUCAGCUAAUUCGGCUAAUUCAUAUGAUUAUUGUAAUCAAAGUAUCAUUUUGAAUCAAUCUCCUAAAAUUCCCAAUUCUGGUCAAACACUUGCGUGUGUUGUAACUAAUUAUUUCAGUUCAGUUCGUGAUUCAAGUUCAGGACAAAUUUCAACGAUUGAGAAUAUUACAGCUGGAUCAAGUUUUUGUGUUGGAUUUCAAGAUUUUUCUUGGGUAAGUGUGUACUCGUCGACAUUGUGUCCCGGUGGUUGUUUCUCUAAUUAUUCCGGCGGUUGGUCAAUUGUAACAUGUUUGAAUUUAACAAUGAGAACAGAUGGAUUUAUAAAUACACCACCGGUUGCAACAGUUAUUUCACCGGUCAAAGUACCUAUUAAUACCAUAACAAACAUCAAGAUACCAAUUAUUGAUGCCGACGGGGAUUAUUUAAGAUGUCGUUGGGGCAAAAAUACAUCAACAAUUAAUGAAUGCGGGUCAAUUUGUGAUUCAUUACCAGGUGGCACAAUAGAUGCCAAUAAUUGUAUUUUGACAUUCAAUAGUACUGGCAAAGUAAUAGGAACGUAUUAUGCUGCUGCAAUGAUGGUCGAAGAUUUUAGCGAUUCAUCUUCAACAACACCAUUUAGUAGUGUUCCAAUACAAUUUCUUAUUCAGAUUGUUAGUACACCUAUUUGUCCAUUAAAACCAACGAUCGAGAUGAAUUUAGCCAAUUGUACAGCUGUUGAAGUUGGUAUUCAAUUUAAUUUUGCUUUGAAUGUUACUAUUGGAUGUUCGGGAACUACAAUAACUGAUGUCAAUACGAAUCCUCCUUUGUAUAUGUACAAAGGAACUUUAACAAGAAUUGGAUCAACUACUGUUUGGACAAUAAGUCAGACAUGGAUUCCAACAUCAGAUCAAUUGGGAUCUCAAGUUUAUUGUGCUAUCGCUACUGAUAGUGCAAAUAUACCAUCUGAUCAAUAUUGUUUGACGUUCUUUGUUGUUCCUGCUGGGUCUGGUCUUUCAUGUCCUACUGAGCGUACAACAACAACCGCAACUACUUUGUCGAGUACAAGUUCCACUUCUUCAACCUCGACUACAUCGAAGACUACAACUACAACAAGUACAUCGAGCGUUUGGACUACAAGUACAACAACAACUACUGCUACAACAAUAACGAGCACACAAAAAUCAACGAAGACAUCGAUCAAUCUAUGGCCAAUUAUCGGAGCUGUUUUGGGUUUCUUAGCCUUAUGCACUUUGUGUUGUUGCUGUUGGUGGUGUUGGUUUCUUUGUGGAGGUGGUCGCCGUCGUCGACGUACUAAACAAUGGGAAAGAGCAACGGAUGAUUAUUUAAUCACUAAAAAUCAUCAUUUCAAGACAUUCCCUUCAUCACUUCUCAGAUAUUUUCGACAACCAACGAGAAUUUCUCUCACAGAAAUUUCCGAUCGUUCUUCAUUUGAAAGUAGAGUCACAUCAACGCCCACAGCCCCGUCUCCUAUCGAAAACAUCAAUGAAGAACCAUCUGAAAAGAAAAGUGCCAAUUGUGUUAGCGUUUCUUAUGUCAAACGACAACCAGAACCUUCAUUUACUGAUUUACAGAACAAAAACAAAUCUCCCAUUGAUAAUAACAAUGAAAUAUCGAAAAUAAAUUUAGAGAAAAUCAAAUCAUCGACCCAAAAGAGCGACAACGAAUUGUUACCGUCGACAGAAAAAAGUUAUUCUGUUAAAGUCAGUCGAGUAUCAAUAUCAUCAAAUGAUGUUUCAACAUCAUUCAAUGGGGUUCCGACUCAUCGAAUAUCGAACAAUUCGAUAAAAUCAAAACGAUUGCAGAGAAGUACACAAUCGGAAUUAUCAUCUUCUAAUAAGACGAAUUCACAUGUGACAGUGACAAAAGUAGUUCGUGUUUAA